AUGGAUGUCCCUCAAGUUCCCGGUGGUGAUAUUCUUGCUGCUAUUGACAAUGAUCAAGUACUUAUCAAAAAAUGGACUGUCCGAAAGGAUAACCAAGCACAGAUUAGUGUUCUAACCAGUGUUUGUGUGGCUCCAGUCCAUCCAGAGGGAACUUUGCAGUGGGACCAAAGUCUUUCUCCAGGGUAGGUAAAAAUGUACAUGGUCACUCCAAGUCUGCUACAUGUACUUAUUAUUUCUGUAAUAUUUUGUUUUUAAUUUGCUUUAAUAUUUUACACUUAAAUGCAGAAAAGCGGUAAGCUGUAACAGCUGCACUGAUAACUAAGGCAAGGAACUUAAUGAAUGACCUGGGUUGCCACUGGUCAGGAAAUGGUUAGGGAAAAGAAAAAUUCACAAAAUUUACAUGUAACAUGGUCCUUACUCUUUAGGGGAUGCAUUUUUCUGGUAAUAACAGUUUUGUGUUAAAGCUAAGCGAGAGAGAGGGAGUGUACUUUCCACUGAUAUGUACAACUACCUACAUUAUUUAGAAGUUGUAGAAAUAAAAAUGGUCAUGUAUUUCCUAAAAAUCAGUAAUGAUUGUUCAGGGUGUAAGCUCAAAUGAUAUUUUUUUGUACCAGGAAAUGUCUUGAAAGGUUACAUGUACAAUGUAGCAACUAAUACUUCUUGUCACAGCAACAUGUUCAAUGUAUACAAUUUAUAUUUGUUUCAGUUCAUGGUCUAAAAGAAGUGAACUUUGGAAGAAAAGUGAAGAGGAUAAGGUAAAGCUUUUGGACAUGCGCUCUGCUUCAGAGGACAACAAGGGAUUGAUUUGCCACGAGGUAAAGGCUUUCAGAUGAGCAAACUUAUGUAAGAUACUUUUGAUUCCUACCUUAGAGACGGUCAAUCAUUUUUGCUUUCUGUAUUGGCUAGCAAGCUACCCAGGGGGUUCAUUAAGGUUUUGAACAGGAGGGCAAUUGAGUUUGACAACCGGGCAAAGAAUUGCCUUGCCUUCUAGGGGGGUCCGGGGACAUGCUCCUGCGGAAAAUUUUGAAAUUCUGUAGUCACAGGGAUGUGUUUUUCUACAUUUUGAAGCUGCAGACAGUGACUUUCAAGUAAAGGGUUAAAUCACAAAGAUGUCUACUCACCUCUUGGCAUUUUCUCUACUGAAGGCCCUUUAGUUGAAGCCGAAAAAUAAUCAGCUAUCGAACGCGUUCUUUUCUGGGUCGCCAUGCUCACGUGCUCGCAACACUGAUACAUUUCAGGUGGUCGUUUAUGAAGCACAGGUCUUUUCGCAAUGUGUUAUGGAGCGAUUCUUGUUUUUAACACAUAAUGAACGAGGGGAUUUCAUGCCGCGUGUAAUAAAGCGGAAAUUGCACGGCAAAGUAUGUUUUACACUCGAUAAGACUUAUCAAGAAAAGGGCACGAUUGUAACUUAAAACUGUUUUUGAUCGUUCCUUGUAUUGAAAAGAAGUUCUUUGAGAUUUAAAGCAGCCGGGCAAAGUCGUGUUCACAGCUGGUCAAUUUGCCCAGUGCCCGGCCCUUAAUGAACCCCCUGGCUACCUCAAACACAAAGAAGUUUUUGUUUUAGCUAUCUGUAGGGCAUGUAGCCAGUUUACUGGAAAACAGAUUUUGUGGUCUCAAAUCACAAGAAAUCUACAUUUUAAUGUCUCAUGAGAAGUGUGACUGGUUUUCUACUGGUUUUCUAUGCACUUAUUUUGAAGGAAUUUAUUUAUAAGCUGUCUAUCAUAAACAAAUGCCUUAACACACAUGUACACACAAUCAGUAGUAAUUUAUUGGUGCUGGAUUUAACUUAACUAAGUAAAAGUAAUUUGAAUUUAAUUUGCUUUUGCAUUACCGUGCUUAGUGUUUUGUUUAAAUACCUUGCUCAUGCCACUUUCUCCACCAACUGCAACACAUUGUAAUAAUUUUUGAUAUUGCUUAAAUAUUGAUAAGACUCUUCUAUUUUCUUAUGACUUCAGAACAAAAAGAUGAUCCAUGAACUUCUUCAUGAUUUGCUAAUGGAGCAAAAUAAAGUCAACGGUGAAUGGAAAGAUGACAUUGACCUGCGUGUAGAUGAAUUAAAAGCGAAUGAAGGAAGACGUGUUUGCCCUGUUUGCCAAACAACAAUGGAACGUGUGAGAAGGAACAAUAGUUCCUACAUCAGAGCAGGGCAGUUGUCAUUUGCACCUUUGUUCCAUAGAAGUAGCUCAUCAAAAUAUGCAUUGAUAGAUCUACACGACAGGUGAGUGGAAUUAAAUUGUUUGAAUUUGAGGCCCAUGUCGAUCCGUUUGGCUUUGCAGCCAAUAUUUAUGGGUCGCACUGCAAAAAUAUAACAUGGAUCUUCAAGGCCACAUGGGUGAAAAGGGGUCUUGAGAUAAACUGUCAAAUGUUGCCCAAAAAUUUUGUAUUGUUAAGUGUGACAAACAAAACCAAAAAAUUUGAGCAUAGCCUUGAAAUCGAAAAAAGGCAUAAGCCAGCCACGAUUAACUAUUAGCCCAUUUUACUUGUACAUUGUAGCAGUACACACAUUUUGUAACUAAUAGUAAUAAACUUUUACAUGUAAAAUUUUGUACAUUUACUGUAUUGUAAAUGUGUGGGGUCUUCUCUGGAAUGCAUUAGACCACAUUUUAGUGCAGUCCAACUUUAAAGAAAGGUCUUGUUUAAAGCAACCUGUUUAUUCUCUCUUUCGUGUUAAUACAUGUAUUUAUAGCAUUGACCGUGCUCACUACCCAGGGAAACUCAAUCAAUUUGUGAAAACCACAGAAUCUGUGAGUACCUCUGGUAACAUGAGCAAGGGAGAAGAUAUGGAUGCUUGCCUAGAGGAAGUAAAUAAGGACUCGAAAGUGUGGCAGCAUGGCAAGAUGGUUGCUCUUGACUGGCUCCGAAUUGUCAGAAAUCUUGGAAAUUUGGGCAAGGUUUGUUUACCUUUUUUACUUGCAUGUGUGUACAUAUAUAUCUGUUAGCAGGCACCAGAUAAAAAAAAUGCCAUCUAUGUAAUGUGGUAGCUGGUAACAGGGGAAGUAGACAUGUGGACGUGUGUUUUCAUGCCGGAUGAUAAUAUUAUUUUAACUCUUGUAGGCUGGGACAUGACAUUUAUCUUGUAACUAAAAAAUAUUAAUUUUAUAAUCUUAGUCCCUGUUUGCUGGACUUUUCAUACACAUGUUGCAGAUGAAAUUGUAGCAAAUGGUGGGACCAUCUACAUGUAUCAGGGACACUUUUCUGUUGUAGAAUCACUGUGGCAUUUACUUUCAGAUAUUUUACAUAAAUAUUGAAAUGUUUCUAACAAUAUCACUAUAGGUGAGAAACUGGUUCUUCACCAUGGUUGGUUUACAAAACCCAAAAGAG